CUGUUUGCUUUGCAGGCUGAAUCCUCCCGCAUGAAGAAAGAGGAACUGGAGGUGGAACAAGCAGUUGUACAUCACAAGCUGCCUGCAUAUGUGGCUAACAUGGAUCGACUAGGGGACUCUGAGCUUGAUAUGACCUGCAGCCAGAGGAGUACUGCACAUUCUCUUCAGUCCCGAGGAGGUUUUCUGUCCUCUUUUCUCUCCCAAAGUAAAAAGGGCCCUUCUAGACCAGCCCAUCCAAGUGGGGCUUCUCCAACACAGACUGGCAGUUUGCUGCUAGGGAAGAAAGAACCAACAAAUCACCAGAGUGCCAAAGGAAAAGAAGGAACAGUAAGCUGUAAGGAUGGGAAGAGCCACUUCAGUGGGUUAGUGGCAGGCGAGUCAAGUUCCCUGCAGCAGCGGCAGAAGCGCUUGCAAGAGCAUGGGAAGGAAAGGAAGGAACUGCUGUCAAAAGGGACCUUCCAGGGCCAAAGUGCUGAGAAGAAAACAGAUAUUGGUACAGCUGAGCCAGAGCCAUGCUCAGAGCUGCAUGCUGAGCAAGCAGAGACUUCAACCAAAAUGUCUACCAGUAGUGCAGAGGCUGUAGGAGUCCGGCAGGAGCAACCUUUCAUUGUCCUGAGCCAGGAGGAGUAUGGGGAGCACCAUUCAUCUAUCAUGUACUGCAGGGUUGAUUGUUCUGGACGGAGGGUGGCCAGCUUGGAUGUGGACGGGGUCAUCAAAGUCUGGUCUUUUAACCCCAUCAUGCAAACUAAAGCUUCAUCCAUUUCCAAAUCUCCGUUGCUGUCUCUGGAAUGGGCGACCAAGCGUGAUCGGCUGCUAUUGCUUGGCAGUGGGGUUGGGACAGUUCGUCUUUAUGACACAGAAGCAAAGAAGAAUCUCUGUGAAAUCAGCAUUGAUGAAGACAUGCCCAGGAUCCUCUCGCUUGCCUGCAGCCCAAGUGGUGCCUCCUUUGUCUGUUCUGCAGCAGCCCAGAGCCCCAUCUCCCACAUGGAAUUCUCAGCAGUCAGCUCCGGGGGCAAAAGCAUGAACCAAGUUCCAGGGAAGCUGCUACUGUGGGACACUAAAACGAUGAAGCAGCAGCUGCAGUUCUCCCUGGAGCCUGAGCCCAUUGCUAUUAACUGCACAGCCUUCAACCACAAUGGCAACCUGCUGGUCACUGGGGCUGCAGAUGGGAUUGUUCGUCUCUUUGAUAUGCAGCAGCACGAAUGCGCCAUGAGCUGGAAGGCACACGAUGGGGAAGUCUACUCCGUUGAGUUCAGCUAUGAUGAGAACACAGUCUACAGCAUAGGCGAGGAUGGCAAGUUUAUUCAGUGGAAUAUUCAUAAAAGUGGCUUGAAGGUGUCUGAGUACGAUCUUCCCAGUGAAGCUACAGGUCCUUUUGUUCUGUCUGGGUACAGUGGCUACAAGCAAGUCCAGUUCCCACGAGGAAGGCUUUUUGCUUUUGACUCUGAGGGCAACUAUAUGUUGACAUGUUCUUCUACGGGGGGAGUAAUUUUUAAGUUAAAUGGUGAGGAAAAGGUUCUGGAGAGCUGCCUUUCCCUGGGUGGACACCGAGCUCCCGUUGUCACAGUGGAUUGGAGCACGGCCAUGGACUGCGGGACUUGCCUCACUGCCUCUAUGGAUGGGAAGAUCAAGUUAACAACCUUGCUGGCUCAAAAGUCUUAACCUGGACAUUGGUGAAGUGAAAGAGCAACAGAAGGUGUGACAAAAGCAGUGUUAACUCCACAGGAAGAAACUGCAUGGGAGAGAAGACAACCAUAGUCCCUCUUCUCACUGUAGCUUUUUCCUCUUGACAAACGUUAAACACAUUUGCCAAACCACUGUGCAACAGAAUGAUGUCGGUAUGGGAUGGGAUCAGUGGC